UCAAACAGGCACAACCACAUUCCCCACGUAGGGAGUAAUCAAUUUGCCUCGUCUACUGCGCUGGCAGAAGUUUCUCUCUCGCACUGCCCGCUCCUGAACACUUGGACAACUCCAGGAGAAUUAGAAGCAGAAGGAAUGAAGAAAAGCCUUCAUGGAAAAGUCACUCAGGACGUGUUACUUCGGGAGAUAUUCAGAAAAAAGUUUCUCAGGUUGUGCUGAAGCUUAACCUCAGGAGUUCCUCUGGAAAGGAUAAACCAGAAAGCCACCAGCACAGCGUUCAGAGCCAAGGUAAAGAAAGCAGUAUGAUCCAGAAUAGAGAUUUCAAAGAGCUCUUGAAGAGAGAACCCUGUUCCUUCAUGGCCUCCAAGUCCCCUUCUCUGGAUGUUAAAAUGAAGUGAAACAAAACCAACAAAAAAAACCCCCAUAUUGGAUGAACUUCCUGUGUUGCAAAAGGGGAAAAAAUAAAAACAAACCCCGAACACAAAAGCCAUGAGAGACCGACUGCAAGAGCUUAAACUGAGGGCUAAGGAGCUGCAGAUAGCUGGAGAAAACAACAGCGCAGCUGUCCAGGAAGAGGAGCAGGAGUUUGAACAGCAGGCCAUUAUUUAUGAGAAAGAGCCCAUAACUGAAAGGCACCUGCACGAAAUCCAGAAGCUUCAGAACGAAAUCAAUAACUUGGUGGAAGAAGUGAACAAAUUCAGCCAGCAGCAGAAGAGCCUGGUGUCCUCGAUGAGGAGAUUCAGCGUGCUGAAGAAGGAAUCUAACGUAGCCAGGGAGAUCAAAACCCAGGCGGAGCACGUGAGAAAGUGUUUGGACGAGCUGUCGAGGGCGGCGAAGAAAGCUGAAAGCGAGCACGGGCCCUCCUGCGCCACGGCGAGAAUCCUGAGCUCCCAGCACGCCUUCCUGUCCCACCGCUACCUCCACGCCAUGCUCUCCUACAACGAGGCCAUCGCCGCCAAGCAGGACAAGUGCAGGACGUUCAUCGUCCGUCAGCUCGAAGUGGCCGGCAAGGAGGUGUCCGAGGAAGAGGUCAAUGACAUGCUCCAGCAAGGGAAAUGGGAGAUCUUCAACGAGAACCUCCUGACUGAAGCCAAAAUAACCAAAGCUCAGCUCUCGGAGAUCGAGCAGAGGCACAGGGAACUCGUCAGCCUGGAGAACCAGGUCAGAGACAUAAAGGAACUCUUUAUCCAGAUAUCGGUGCUGGUGGAGGAGCAGGGGGAGAUGAUCAACAACAUAGAGAUCAGUAUGAACAACACUCAAGAAUACACUCAAGUAUCCAAAGAAAAAUUUGGGCUUGCAGUCAGGUACAGAAAGAGAAACCCCUGCAGAGCAAUAUGCUGCUGGUGCUGUCCAUGCUGCAAGUGAUAAAAGAAAUGAACUCCUGGGAAUACCAGUGGUUCCUACACAGCAAACUUGAUCUUGGAAAGCAGUCUUGGGAUCCCACUGUCCCUUCAACAGAGCUCUCAGGAAAAACUCUCUCUGCUUAUCCAAACAGAGUUGGAAGAGUGCAAAGAAUUUUAUGGUUCUCACACAAACACAUGAAUGAAGGGAAAGGAUCGAAGGACAAAAGUGCCACUUUUUUGUUCUUCUGGCUCAAGCUAAAACAAUGUGGCAACAAACUACCUAUGCUUUUGGGAAACAUUGAGAACACUGUUAUCUCAAAGACAGUUUUCAUAAUAAUGGUCUAGUUGCUUUUCACAAAAUAACAAUUGGUAUUUUUAAUUGCCUCGUGUUUUUUAGCACUUUUAUUUACUCGAUUCAAAUUCUAAGGGUUUUUUCCCCCCAGAAAUCUGAAAUUCUACAAAACCAAUCUACACAUAAAGCAGACCCCAUUAGUAAUAAUGCAGAAGGUGAUGCCUAAACCAAACAAGAAGUCAGAGUUUCCUGGAGUGUUUCACUCCCAUCUCUACAGAAAAAGUUACUCACAGACAUUGGGUUAUUUAUUUAAUGAAAUUUAACAGAAAAUAACACUGCAACUCAGGCAAAAAAAAAUUACUUCCAAAAAGAAAUUAAAAGGAAAAAAAAAAAUCCACACUAAAACCAAACCCCAAAGCAGAAAUGUACUUCUGAACUCUUUUGUGCUGUGCAAAGGCACAAUCAAUAUAGCACUAUAUCUGGAUCAAUCAGAGAAGGUAGAACAAACUGCACUACAAUUCUAAAAGACACUAAAUGAGCUACAUGUCUUCAGUUUUAUCUAAAGGGGAAAAAAAAAAGGGCACUACUGAAUUAUUGUUACAUUGUGAUAUUUAUAAAUAUUUGGGUUCCUUCCAGCCCACGUUAAAAUUGCAACUGAAAUUUACUGUUAUCAAAAUACAAAGGUGUGAACCCUAAAGAGAAAAAUAUUAUAUCAUUUAUAAGAAAUAAAGUUAAUGACACCACAGAUACUAUUUCAUUAAACAACCUCCCUUUACUGCUGCAUGUAUGGAAACUACCUUUAUGUUCCAAGAGCAGAGUAGAAACCAGACAAUAAACAACACAGAGAAAAGAGUUACUAUGGUCAACAUAUAUAUAUAUGUAUGUAUUUAUGUAUAUAAAUUUAAUAUAAUACACACAGAAAUAUGCACCUAACAGCAGCACCACCCCACCUUCCUUUCCUGUUUCUACUUUUAGAAAAAACAAAGGUAAAUCACUUUCCUUCUCUCCUGGGCCCUUAAACAGAAAGGCACUGUGGUAGCUCUGUGAGGGAUUAUUAUUCCCUAAUACUUAGCAAAACAGCACAAAAGUGAACAACUCAAGUAGUUCUCAGAUGUAUGUUUGGUUAGAAACAGGCAAAACAGGAACAUGUAACACACACUGAAGAAGAACUGGGAAGUGAGAAAGCCAGAAGGACUUGUGGAAAGCUUUUUCUUAAUCUGGGAUGCUAAUAAUUGAAAAUAAAUAGCAUUAACUAAAACUUACAUUGAAGUCAUGGGGAUUUGAUAUUGAGCAUUCAAAAUCAUUAACAGGUGAAAUUUUGCAGUGAUCAUUAAAAUAACUUUCCAGUGUUUGUGUUACAUGAUUACACAGAAGAACAAAUUAAUUAAAGCAGAGGUCUGAGUGUUCUACUAAGAAAAGUGAAAUAUUAAUAGCUAUAAUCCCUUAUCACCAAAAUAACAGGCAGAAAGGAGCUUUCUACUAAAGUAAAAAUACCUGCCCAGCAAUUUCCCUAGUAUAAAAACAUCAGCACACAGACUUGCAUUUCCUCUUGCAACAUAAAAAACCCCAAACAACCACAACAAAAACCCCAGCAAACACAAUUAACCCCAAACAAAACCAGUAUUUGCCUAAAUAAUAUGAAGUUUGCGUGUUCCUUUCUGAUACAAGGAAGGACAAAAAAACUCCAUUACAGGAUUAGGGCACUGAGAUAUCUAAAAAACCCAAAUCAAACAAACAAACAACAAAAAAAACCCCAAAACAACAACAACAACAAAAAAAACAUAACCCAAGAAGCCCCUAAAGUUGUAUUUAAUUAGAACCAGUUGUCAACUGUCACAACUGCAUUUUCAGAGGGGAUCUGGGGUAGAGCCACUGCAUUAAGCUGCCUUUAUUGCCUUCAUUCAGAGCAAUGGAAUGUAAAAUGUAAUCUAUUUUCAACAUAUACACCAUUAGCUUGUUGAACCACAGUCCACUUCAUCCAAACAAUUAGCCACUUGCAUCCUGGUGGUUACCACAGCAUCACUAUUUCCUUAAAAUAAAUUAAAAUAAGAGGCCUCUCCUCUGAAUUUUACAGAUUCUUUAUGAUAGCACAGAAAUGUUGUGCAAUUUAAUGCAUUAUGGAGGUCUUAUGCCCACCAGACACUGUCCUGAUAAACCAUUUUAAACUUUAUCUUGUAACUACAAAAGGGUAUUUGUUAUCAAAGACCUUUGGCGGGGCUGAAUGGAAUGAAAUUUGUAAUUUCCAAUAUUUUACAAGAUCUAUUGAGCAGAGAAAAAGCACAUGACAAACACUAUUAAAGGAAACCUUCUUUAAUGAGAUUUUACUGAGCAUGUAUCAGCAGCACCACCAUGUGUUAAGUGAACAAGACAUCUAUUGCUGAGAGAUCACCAGUAUUGCUGAAUAUAAUCAAGCAUUUACAGUAAUUGAAGUAGACCUAAGAAAUUAUAUUUUUACAUCGUGUUGUCAUGCCAGGUUUGUAAAGCCUGUCAUUGCAAGUAACAUUACAAUUUAAAAUUAUCAAAAAAUCCCACCUGAUUGUUUUUCCUCUGCUAAAGAAAGAGGAGACAACUAAAUAUCCCCUGAGAAGGAUUAAGUAAGAUACAAAGUCAGAGGAAGUGAAUGGAUUCAGGAUAUCACCAGCUGCUAGGGAGGGAAAGAGGGAGGGAAAGACAAGGCUUUGUUCCCCAGCAUGAUAUGAAAGUAACAUAAAUAAACACUUCCUAAAUACCACAAAAGCAACUGUAAUAUUGCUUAGUGCUAGAGUUACAGCACUAUUAGUGUACUUUCACUUAUUAGCAUUACUAUUAGUGUACUUUAACUUAUGUUCACACUACACAUAAACAGUUCUUCAGAAGGUCUAAAUUUCCCACAUUUCAGAUUAUUAGGUGAACAUUUAUUACAUUACUUACACC